AUGGCGAAUGCAACUGAGCGUUGUGUCUGGGAUUCGCCCCUGCAAGGACAACAAUCAGUGAUCCCGUUCUGGACCGUUAUCCCUUCGCGAGCGGCGGCAUAUGGGCCCAGCGGAGUUGCCCGUCUUGAUCCUCACUGGUUUACUCUCACCUCAAAGUGCCACCAGGUCUCUUGGUCCGCGUCAAACGCCCCUGCCUUCUGCUUGAAUUCGUCAGGUGUCAUUUCAGUUGAUGAUUGUGCGACUGCUGCUCCGCUCGCCCCGGAUGACAUAGCUACUUGCUGCUUCGUCGUACGCCUCCCGAUAGAGACAGUGGUCAAGGUUGACGAGUGA